UGCUUAUCUAAUCUGAAAACCCUGUCCUACAAUGCUUUGAAUGAUUUGGUGUCCCUAAGAAUAUGCCAGCACUUCUGUGUUUUGUUUUAGGGUAUCUUGCAUCAGGUGUAUUGAGUGAGAUAGAACCUCCUGGAUGUGGGAUCAAUGAUGUGGGCUUUGAUUACACCACCCUACCAAAGACAGCCAGGAAACGCAUUGUUGGUGGACAAAUCGCCACACCACAUUCCUUCCCAUGGAUGGCUGCUCUUGAAAACCUUGGUGUUAUGCACUGUGCUGGAUCUCUUCUGAAAGGCAAUUCUGAUAGAUGGUACAUCCUAACUUCUGCCCACUGUUUGCAUGGAACUAUGGCGUCCGACUGGAAGAUUCGCCUUGGCGCUCAUGAUCUCUCCCAAAGCGAAACAUCCUCUGAGUUCCUUGACGCAAAGACUGCGAUGACCCACCCUCUGUUCAACCCAACAACAUAUGAGUAUGACAUUGGGCUUAUUGAGCUAAGUAGCGCCCCACUGGUAUCUAAGCCUGAAAUCAACUUUGGGUGUGUUUCCGGCAAUGUCAGUACAGCAGGAGAAGUAUGCUAUGUCGCCGGAUGGGGAACUACCUCUUUCGGGGGCGCUGUAUCAGAUGAGCUCCGGGUUGUUGAAAAGCCCGUCCUGUCACGCACCGAAUGUAGGAACAUAUACGGCUCUAACCAGUACCAUGAAGCCUCAAUGAUUUGUGCAGGCCAUCCGGAUGGUGGAAAAGGUUCGUGCACCAGAGACAGCGGAGGACCUUUGAUGUGCUUCCAAAACGAUCGCAUGGAGAUAAUUGGAAUUGUGAGCUGGGGCCCUGGUUGCGCUCAGCCCAACUCUCCAGCCGUCUAUGCUAGUUCAUCAGGAGGAAGGCAGUGGAUUGAAGCUACCAUAAAUGAAUAGACGGUUACUGAAAUAAAACGAAUGAGUUGCACUCGCA